GCUGGUCCUCCUGUCCGUCUCUCCACUCUCCUGCCCUCUCCGUCCUCUCUCCCCCUCCUGCGCACUCCCCCCUCCCCGCGCUGCUCUCCCAGGGCUCGGGCGGGUGCUGGGUCGCCGCCCCCACCGCAGCUGCCACUCCGCCCCCCGCGUGGCGCGGAGAUGCAGUAAUAAGCCGGGCGCGGGCGGCGGAGCCACUGCGGGACGGGACGCCUGCGCUCCAGUCUAACUGGGUCCGGGGCCGCCCGCCCACCCGCACACCCGCACACUGCCCGACCGGGGACCGUCCCGGGCCCCUGGAUCCAUCUGAGCGUCCCCGGAUGAAACUCUGCCUGCCCCGUUCGGGGGCGCAACGCGGGCAGCCGGUGCGGGGCGCACAGGGCAGCCUGGCCAUGCGGAGCCCGGGCUGCGCUGCGCUCUGGGUGCUGCUGCUGGCGCAGGUGGGUGUGCAGCAGGCACCUGCGUGCGCCCUGGGACCCGCAGCGGCAGCGCCUGGGAACCCGAGGGUCCCACACCCUCCUCCUCCCGCGGAGCCCUGGGGCUGGGCGGAAGAGGGCGAGUAUGACCUGGUGUCUGCCUAUGAGGUGGACCACACGGGAGACUAUGUGUCUCAUGAGGUCACGCACGGCCAGCGGCGGCGGAGGGCGGUGGCUCAGGGAGGUGGCGACUCUCUGCACCUUCGGCUGAAAGGCUUCGGGCACGAUCUCCACUUGGACUUGAGGGCGUCCAGCAACCUGGUGGCUCCUGGAUUUAUCGUGCAGACGUUCGGGAAGGGAGGCACCAAGUCAGUGCAGAGCUUCUCACCCGAGGACUUCUGCUUCUACCAAGGCUCCUUACGCUCCCACAGGAAUUCCUCCGUGGCCCUGUCCACCUGCCACGGUUUGUCAGGCAUGAUCAGGACAGAAGCAGCUGAUUACCUCCUGAAGCCUCUGCCUCCACACCUGGCGGGCCAAGCCAGCAGCUCUGCAGGGGGCCACCCGCCCUCCCACGUGCUGUACAAGAGAUCAGUGCCCGCAGCGCCCAGGGCCGGCCACGUGCUGAUGGCCACUGGGAGGUGGAAACCGCCCAGCUUUCCCCUGGGGCUCCCUCAAAAGCAGCAUUUCUGUGGAAGACGCAAGAAAUACAUGCCCCAGCCUCCCAAAGACGACCUGUUCAUCCUGCCUGAUGAGUAUAACUCCGGCUUCCGGCAUAAGCGCUCUCUGCUGAAGUCCCAUAGAAAUGAAGAGCUGAACGUGGAGACAUUGGUGGUGGUUGACAAAACGAUGAUGCAAAACCAUGGCCAUGAAAAUAUCACCACCUACGUGCUGACAGUGCUCAACAUGGUGUCGGCUUUAUUCAAGGAUGGUACAAUAGGAGGAAAUAUCAACAUUGCCAUCGUAGGCCUGAUUCUUCUAGAGGAUGAACAGCCAGGACUGGUGAUAAGUCAUCAUGCCGAUCACACCUUAAGCAGCUUCUGCCAGUGGCAGUCUGGAUUGAUGGGGAAAGAUGGGACUCGCCAUGACCAUGCCAUCCUGCUGACUGGUUUGGACAUAUGUUCCUGGAAGAACGAGCCCUGUGAUACCCUGGGAUUUGCACCCAUAAGUGGAAUGUGUAGUAAAUAUCGCAGCUGUACCAUCAAUGAAGAUACAGGUCUUGGACUGGCUUUCACCAUCGCCCACGAGUCUGGACACAACUUUGGCAUGGUCCAUGAUGGAGAAGGGAACGUGUGCAAAAAGUCUGAGGGCAACAUCAUGUCCCCUACAUUGGCAGGACGCAACGGGGUCUUCUCCUGGUCACCCUGCAGCCGCCAGUACCUGCACAGAUUUUUAAGCACUGCUCAGGCUGUGUGUCUUGCUGACCAGCCAAAGUCCGUGAAGGAAUACAAGUACCCCGAGAAGCUGCCGGGAGAGUUAUACGAUGCAAACACACAGUGCAAGUGGCAAUUCGGAGAGAAAGCCAAGCUCUGCAUGCUGGAUUUUAAAAAGGACAUCUGUAAGGCCUUGUGGUGCCAUCAGAUUGGUAGGAAAUGUGAGACCAAAUUCAUGCCGGCUGCCGAGGGCACCGUGUGUGGGCACGACAUGUGGUGCCGCGGAGGACAGUGUGUGAAGUACGGUGAUGAAGGCCCCAAGCCCACGCAUGGCAAAUGGUCCCCCUGGUCCCCUUGGUCCCCUUGCUCCAGGACCUGCGGAGGAGGGGUGUCCCACAGAGAGCGCCUCUGCACCAAUCCCAGACCCUCGCAUGGGGGGAAGUUCUGCGAGGGCUCCUCUCGCACGCUGAAGCUCUGCACCAGCCAGCAGUGCCCGCAGGGCAGCGUGGACUUCCGCGCCGCCCAGUGUGCACAGUACAACAGCAAGCGCUUCCGCGGCUGGCACUACAAGUGGAAGCCUUACACGCAAGUCGAAGAUCAGGACUUAUGCAAACUCUACUGUAUCGCAGAAGGAUUUGAUUUCUUCUUUUCUUUGUCAAAUAAAGUCAAAGAUGGGACUCCAUGCUCGGAGGAUAGCCGUAAUGUUUGUAUAGAUGGGAUGUGUGAGAGGGUUGGGUGUGACAACAUCCUGGGGUCGGACGCUGUGGAAGACUUGUGCGGGGUGUGCAAGGGAAAUAACUCGGGCUGCGUGACUCGCAGCGGCCUCCACGCCGCGCACCACCACACCAACCAAUAUUACCACGUGGUCACGAUACCUUCCGGAGCCCGGAGCAUUCGUGUCUACGAAGUGAAUGUAUCUACUUCCUACAUUUCCGUGUGCAAUGACCUCAGGCAGUACUAUCUGAACGGACACUGGACCGUGGACUGGCCCGGCCGAUACAAGUUUUCAGGCACCACCUUCGACUAUCGGCGGCCCUAUAAUGAGCCCGAGAGCUUAACCUCUGUUGGACCAACAAACGAAACACUGAUUGUGGAGCUUCUGUUUCAGGGAAGGAACCCGGGUGUUGCCUGGGAAUAUUCGGUGCCUCACCGGGGGACUGAGAAGAAGCCGGCUGCCCCGCCCAGCUACACGUGGGCCCUUGUGCGCUCUGAGUGCUCCGCCACCUGUGGAGGCGGCCAGAUGACCACGAGGGGAGGCUGCUACCGAGACCUGCGAGUCCAGGUGAAUGCGUCCUUCUGCGACCCCCAGACUCGACCUGCCACAGGGCUGGUGUCCUGCCAAGUCUCUGCCUGCCCUCCCAGCUGGUCCGUGGGAAACUGGAGCGCCUGCAGCCACACCUGCGGAGGGGGCACUCAGAGCCGGCUGGUGCAGUGCACCCGGCGUGCACACUACAGCACGGAGCCCGUGGGCGCUGCCCUCUGUCCACAGCCUGUGCCCCCCAGCCGGCAAGCUUGCAACUCCCAGAGCUGCCCGCCUGCCUGGAGCACCGGGCCCUGGGCAGAGUGCUCACGGACGUGUGGGAAGGGCUGGCGGAAGAGGACCGUGGCCUGCAAGAGCACGAACCCCGCGCCCCGCGCGCAGCUGCUGCCCGACGCCGUCUGCAGUGCGCAGCCCAAGCCCAGGCCUCGGGGCGCCUGCCUGCUCCAGCGAUGCCACAAGCCCAGCAGGCUGCAGUGGCUGGUGUCGGCCUGGUCCCAGUGCUCUACGACGUGCGAGAGAGGGACCCAGAGCAGGUUCCUCCGAUGUGCUGAGAAGUACGUUUCCGGCAAGUACCGGGAGCUGGCUUCCAAGAAGUGCCUGCACCUGCCGCGGCCCCAGCUGCAGCUGGAGCGCACCUGUGCCCUGCUGCCCUGCCCCAGGCACCCCCUCUAUGCUGCCGCCGGCCCCCCGAGGGGCCGCUGGUUUGCAUCACCCUGGUCUCAGUGCACAGCCAGCUGUGGGGGCGGCGUCCAGACGAGGUCCGUGCAGUGCCUGGUGGCCGGCCGGCCAGCCUCGGGCUGCUUCUCCCACCAGAAGCCCACAGCCUCCCAGGCCUGCAACACCCGCUUCUGCCCCAUCCCAGAGAAGAAAGCUGCCUUCUGCAAAGACCACUUCCCCUGGUGCUACCUGGUGCCCCAACACGGGCUGUGCAGCCACAAGUUCUACAGCAAGCAGUGCUGCAAGGCGUGCUCCUCCUCCAAUCUGUGAGCCGGGCCCACCCCAGCGGAGAAAUCUCGGCCCAGAUGGGCUGUGCGGCCUGCUCUGGAAGCCGGGAGCCAGCCCAGGAGCCGGGGUUGGAUUGUCUGACCUGGAGGAGUGCCGGCGCUUGGCUGCGAGCGUGGGUGCAUCGCCGUGGUCCCACAGAUGCCGCCCCCCUGAUGGUUGGCAGGUGCAGCCCCGGCCCGUGCGACAGAACGCAGAAGCAAAGCUCGCCCGUGCUUGUGUUUCAGUCAAAGCAAGUCGGCAGGACCGUCGAGCCGAGCUCGCCAACGCCAAGUGGCUGGUGCUGUGUACAAAGAAGGAGAGGCCACGCACAUGGAGAACGAGCGGACUGCCUGCCACUGAGCGUGGCCGCCUCCACCCCAGAUGCCCCACCGCCCCCGGGAACAGCCCACCUGGGAGGGGGGCAGGUGCUGAGGGAGCCCGCGGACGGCCGGGCCCCUCCUCCCACCCCAGCUGCCCGGGAGCCCCUGUUGUCCCUAGGGGGCACCUGCUGGGGCUUGGUCUGUGGACCUCUGUCCCCUUCAGACCCAGGUGCUGGGGAGACACCGCUUACAUUUUAUGCCUUAUCUUUCUCAGUUACGUGCAAGUGCGUGUUAUUAGUGAAGCCUGUUUCUUACAGCUUUUCCUUGUUAGGUGGCAAGUCAGAGGCACAGGGCCUAAGGAAGGCGUGGCCCAUGCUGACAGGUGCCAGGAGACGCCCAUGCACUGCCAGCCCUGAGCCAGGCUGGGCCUGGGGGCCUGGGGUCUCUCGAGUCCUCACCUGUAGAUCCAGUGGUGUUAGCACCACGGGUUCCGAGCCACGGCAGAGGACGCCGGUGGGGGAGCUGCCUGGCCCUGCGGGACAGGAGCUGCCCCGGCCCCUCUGCCUGUGGUGGGGCUCUGUUCCCAAGGGCCUCUGGGUAUUUAACUUGCUGAGGUUUUAUAAUAAAUUAUCUGUGGUACAGUG